AUGGAACGACUGGUUGUCGACUUUUUACCUUUGUGCUUGGAGUACAAACCGCUGUGUACACUGUGGACAGAGGCGUUUAAUUACAAAUCUCGCCAAGUCAGUCGUGAAAUGGCUGCCCACGCAAGGAAAAAAAAGCGAAAAAUAAUGGAGAUCACCGCGGCAUGCCUUCGUAUGCAAGUGAAUGAGGAGAACAAGUCGGAGUUCUCGCACAUCUCUCCCGAACGAGCUUUCGCGGAUUUCAUAUUUGCCCACGUUGUCCUUCAUCUGGUCGUUGCCAAUUUCCUGGGUUAA